GGGGGCGAUAUACAUUUUCCGCGGCUGUAGUUCCUGCAGCCGCAGCAGCAGCAGGGGAAGCGAGGCAGCGUCGUAAACAUGGCUGAUAGUGAAGUGGGAGAUGGACCAGACAGGAAAGAUGACAUCGAACGAGCAAAGAAUGAAGGCAAAGAACUGACCAAGGAGGAGAAGCAACGGCUGAGGAAAGAGAAGAAACAGCAGAAGAAGAACAAAGAGAGAAAAGAUGACAAGGCUUCAAAGGAAAGCGAGAAGGAAAAGAAGCCUGCUACCUCAGCUGCUCCAGCAUCCCAGCCUCCAACGCAACCAACAACGCAGAAAGCAGUGCCUGCUCCUGCGCCCGUUCCCGUGCCUGCCUCAGAAUCUCCUGCCCCGGCAGACAAGCCGGCUAAGAGUAAAGCAGAGCUAAAAGCUGAGAGGCGAGCUCGACAGGAUGCUGAGAGGGCGUCCAAACAGGGCAAGAAGGGAGAGGUGGGUCAGCAAGCUUCCACGGGCAAACCCAAAGCACCGCCCAGUGAGCUGCAGCCAGUGGUUAAGAGGCUCCCAGAACAUAUCCAAGUGGACAACCCGGAUGUUUUAAAGAAACUGGCCAAGAAAUUGGAAAGACAACAGAUUCCACUCCGGUCAGACUAUGGCUACAAAGUCAGUCUCUUUUCUCACCUUCACCAGUACAGUCGCAAAGCCCCUCUAACACAGCAACUUAGCAUUCCUUCCACAGUGAUUCAUCCUGCUAUUGUUCGACUGGGUCUCCAGUAUUCACAGGGCAUUGUGGCGGGAUCCAAUGCUCGCUCUGUAGCCCUGCUGCAUGCCUUCAAACAGGUAAUAAGGGACUAUACUACACCUCCAAAUGAGGAGCUGUCUAGAGACUUGGUCAACAAGUUGAAACCUUAUAUCAGUUUUUUAAAUCAGUGUCGCCCUCUGUCAGCCAGCAUGGGUAACGCAAUCAAAUACAUCAAGAAGGAGAUCUCCAAUAUUCCUAGUCAAUGCAAAGAAGAAGAGGCAAAGAGCAAACUGCUGAACUGUAUCGAGUGCUACAUCAAUGAGAAGAUCAUUCUUGCUGCUAAAGCUAUUGCCAAGUACUCCAUAGAGAAGAUCAGUGAUGGAGACGUCAUCCUAGUUUAUGGAUGCUCGUCACUGGUCAACCACAUCCUAUGCGAGGCGUUCGAGAAAAGCAGGAAGUUCCGUGUGAUCGUGGUGGACAGCAGGCCUCGGCUGGAGGGCAGGGAGGCUCUGAGGCGCCUGGUCCAGAGAGGCAUCAGCUGCACCUACGUCCUUAUCUCGGCGGUCUCUUACAUCCUUCCAGAGGUAUCAAAGGUGUUCCUCGGUGCUCACGCUCUGCUGGCCAACGGUUACGUCAUGUCUCGUGUGGGGACAUCCCAGAUAGCUCUGGUGGCCAAAGCCUUUAAUGUGCCUGUGCUGGUGUGUUGUGAGACCUACAAGUUUUGUGAGCGGGUGCAGACAGAUUCUUUCGUGUCCAAUGAACUUGAUGACCCUGAUGACCUCAUUGUGACCCGUAAAGGAAAGACUCAGCUAGAGGACUGGCAGCAAGUGGACUCUCUUGGCCUGCUUAACCUGGUGUAUGACGUGACGCCGCCUGAUUUCGUGGACCUGGUCAUCACAGAUCUGGGAAUGAUCCCAUGCACCUCGGUCCCUGUGGUGCUGCGAGUCAAAAACGUGGACCAGUGAACGACCUCCAUCUCGCAUCAGUCUGAGCCAAGGGGCCGGUUUUUCUCUGUGUCUUGAUGGGGGAAUUUGUGUGCAUGAAUGCUUGCACACAAAACAAUAUAUCGUGCUUUUAGCAUGCAAUAAAUAUAUAUCUGAAAUGA